CACACGGGAUCUCAUUUAUAUGACACUGCAUAGAUGAAAAAAAAAAAUUAUUAGAGUUUUGGUGUGCGAGAAAGGUACAGAAACUUGUACUUUUGUUUUUCGGUAAUUCAAUAGCUGUUGCAGCGUUCCUGGGGCAAAUUAGUGGACAUAUAACUAACACUGACACUGAACAACUGUAUUAUAUAUAUAUAUGCGUAUUUGCUCUGUUUGCUUCUGAUUUUUUGCUCGAUUUGUUAUGGCUUCUAAGUGUUGGUUUUGGAUUGUAUAUGUGGUUGAAUUUGUUCAGUUCUUAUGUGUUAUGCUCUUCCGUUUCGAUGUUAGAAUCCUGGAAUUCGAUUCUCAUCAGUGACUUUAAAUAGCCAAUUAUGUUGAGAUUCGACAGGCACCGAUCUUUUUGUAGCGCAUUACUAUCAAUUUGCAUCGUAAUUAUUCUGGAUAUCAGGGAAUUGUACAUAAAAUUAAGAAAAUGACUAUUAUUCUGCAGAUUAAUCACCACUCUACCUCUUGACUUUGACGUGAUUACUGGUUUCAAAAUUAAACAGGUAUUGGAGAAUGAAGAGGGCCAGACAGGUGGGAAAAAGAACAGCAAUUUAGAACAGCUCGAGGCUGGUCUUGCGCAAUCCAGAUCAGCAAUAAAAGAAGCUCGACAUAAAAAUGAAACAUUUGAUGACCCUGAUUAUGUCCCUCGAGGUCCAAUGUAUUUGAACCCCAGUGCCUUCCAAAGGAGCUACUUGGAAAUGGAGAAGAAGUUUAAGAUAUAUGUCUACGAGGAUGGAGAACCCCCUGUUUUCCAUUACAGUUCUAUGGAGGGCAUUCUAGGGAUAGAGGGUAUUCUCAUUAAUCAUAUUGAGAUCAGCAAAUUUCGUACCAAAAAUCCAGAAAAGGCCCAUGUUUAUUUCCUUCCAAUCAGUGUUCUAUCAAUAGCCCACUAUGUUUAUGUGCUCCAUAACCGAGCAUGGACUCCUCUGCAAAAUGUAGCCGUAGACUAUGUGAAUCAUAUUGCUGGAAAGUACCCUUACUGGAAUCGAAGCCUUGGACACGAUCAUUUCAUGCUUGCUUGCCAUGAUUGGGCUCCAACAAUUUCACAUGCUGUACCUUACCUGUACAAGAACUCGAUUCGAGUUCUAUGCAAUGCAAACACCUCGGAAGGGUUCAAUCUCUCCAAAGAUGUGUCGUUGCCAGAAAUAUAUCUCCCUGGAGGUAAUAUGGACGGCUUGAUUGGAGGACCACCUCCGUCCAAGCGCUCGAUUUUAGUUUUCUACUCCGGAGGGAUACAUGGCUACAUUCGGGAAAUACUAAUGAAGGAAUGGAAAAAUAAGGAUCCAGAUGUCCAGAUACACGAGUACCUUCCGAAGAGCAUGUCCUACUAUGACAUGUUUAGGAAGAGCAGGUAUUGCAUUUGCCCUAGUGGGUGGGAAGUAGCCAGCCCGAGAAUGGUAGAGGGUCUUUAUACAGGAUGCGUUCCGGUACUCCUUAAAGACCAUUAUGCCAAACCAUUCAGUGAUGUGUUGGAUUGGAGUACAUUCUCUGUCGAUGUUGCAGUGAAAGAUAUCCCUAAUCUGAAGAAAAUUUUGACGGCCAUACCUCAAGAGCAGUACAUAAAAAUGCAGAGAGCAGGAAUUCUUGUAAGGAGGCAUUUUGAGGUUAAUAUCCCUCCCAAGAGAUAUGAUGUUUUUCACAUGAUACUUCAUUCAAUCUGGCUCAGAAGAUUAAAUAUUCAAGUUCGUGAUAUAAAUGAAAUAUGAGUAACUAAUACACGAUGUUGAAAGCCUUAUGUACACCAGUUUCGUAAGUUAUAGUAUUCAUAAUGUGUUUGCUCCACGUUUAAGUCGGAGAACAUAGGAAUUUGUACUGCUAUUUAGUGUUGUAAUCAAUCUUGAAGUGUAACUCUUACAAAUUGUUUCUCAUGUUUCUAGCCAAACACUUGGCAUCGCCGAAUGAUGCAUGAUCUGGAAUAAGAAGAAUCUGUGAUGUA